GUUAGCGAAGAAAAAAAAAACAGAACUCGACUGUGUUUUCUGUCAUUUAAUGUUGUCAACCCGCCGCUGUCGAGACCCACAGCUCCCGAAAUGCGUCCAGAUUUCUGUGCUGAAUCAUCUCGGACUCCGCAUGUAAACACCAACUGAAACCAGGGGGAACUGAAGUUUUUCAUAGUAUUUUUUGGGGGGAUUUUCUUGUAGUUUUCUGACGUGUUUAUGUAAGAUAAGGCCCUUAAAAACCAUGGCUUUUUUCGUGAAAAAGAAGAAGUUUAAGUUCCAGACCCAUCUGACCCUGGAGGAGCUGACUGCUGUGCCUUUUGUCAACGGAGUUUUGUUCUGCAAACUGCGGCUUUUGGAAGGAGAUUUUGUCGCUACUUCUUCCAGAGAGGAAGUUCAAGAGAACUGUGUCCGCUGGAGGAAGAGGUUUACCUUCAUCUCUAAAAUGAGCGCUAACCCUCACACUGGAGUCCUGGACCCUUCAUUCUGCCGCGUUUCUGUCAGGAAGGAACUUAAAGGAGGAAAAGCUUAUACGAAGCUGGGCUUCACAGACCUCAACAUGGCCGAGUUCGCCGGUUCUGGCUCCACGGUGCGCUGCUGUCUGCUGGAGGGUUACGACACCAAGAACACACGGCAGGACAACUCCAUACUGAAGGUGAUCAUCGGGAUGACCCUUCUGUCUGGAGAUCCGUGUUUCAAAACGCCUCCCAGCACUGCAAAGUCCAUCUCCAUCCCUGGACAAGAGCACACCCUGCAGCUGGACUGUAAGGGGGAGGGCACGGCCGAACCGGGGCCUGGACCAGCCGGGGGGGUUUCUCUGGGCCGAUCCGCCAAACCUCGGCCCUCCAUCAUCAGCUCAGGUCUCCUGGAUGAAUCAGAAACAAACCAGAACCAGUCUGGUCCAGCAGAGGUUUUCCAGUCUGGUCACUCCCGAAACUCCAGCUACGCCAGUCAGCACAGUAAAAUCUCAGGCUACAGCACUGAGCACUCCUGCUCCUCCAGUCUGUCUGACCUCACGCAUCGCAGGAACACGUCGACAGGAAGCAGCACCUCGGGAGGCGUCGGCUUCAUCGCUGACACACCCACAGAGGGCGACAAGGACGCGGGACGUCCGGAAAGACCCCCUCGACCCCCACGGCCUGUCUUACCCAACAGGCCUCCCAGGAGGAAGCAGGACUCUGUGGAGAGUCACCCCUCAUGGGUGAACGACACUCGGAUCGACGCUGACGACAUUGUGGAGAAAAUUGUCCAAAGCCAGAACUUUGAGGAUAUCAAUAACACUGAAGACAGUAACCUACGUCUGUUCGUCAGCAGAGAUGGAACCACAGCACUCAGCGGCAUCAGGCUCGGAAACAGGGUGUCUGCAGGCGGAUACGAGCCCGUGGUGAUUGAGAGCCAUUAAGGAGGGGGUGUGGCUCGUCUGUAGUCUCCGCCUUCUGUCUCGCUGCUGGUUUUCCAUGAGUGUCAGCUGGUCUGACGCCGUGACGGGAAAACCUCGUCAGUUUGCACUUUAUGUGAAAUGUGUAGCGGCGCCGGUGCGCUCGGCUCAGAGUGAACGCGCCCGUGCACAAUAUGUGUUUACCCGCUUCUGUGUUGCAGUAAGUAAAUGUUGGAGGGAGUUUAGAUUUGAAGGUUGGUUCCUGUGGUUCAUUCGGGCUGCGUUUACAUGCACGAAACACUCUUAUUCUGAUAAAGACAGUACUCUGAGUGAGCUGUUUACAUCCAUCCACUACCUUCUGGAAACAUCAGAGUGUGAGUUAUCCAAAAGAACACUGACAUCCAACCCU